AUGUCCAAGCCACGUCCAGCACUCCGCUCACAGAGUCAGCCAUCGGACAGACUACAGAAAAGAACGUCCACCGCAUCUGCAUCAACCACCUCAACUUCCACCCCAGCAACCAUGCCUCCUAAUCUAGUUAGAAGUCGUUCAACAGUCCACUUACCACUCUAUCGUCGAGUGUUAUUCCCUCACGAUGAUCCGACAUCUGAGAUUCCACAGAUCGUAAGAGGUAAAGGUGAUGAAGUGGAGUUGAUCAACGAGAGACUCUACCAUCUCCUUGCCCUAGCAUUAAGAGGCUAUGUCCUCCAAUGGUACACCCGAUUCUCCACCGACCGUUCAUUCCCUCCUUCCAUCCAUAAUCAAAUUAUCUACCCAAUCUUACAUCCCAUCUUAUCUGACCUGUAUACCGAUUCAGGAAAAGAUAGAUUAUGUGAAUUACUCUUGGUGGAUCUACCUGUAAUACUCAACCUACAUAUCAAAACGUAUCAUCAAGCUAAAUCUGCUCAGAAGUAUCUUCCUACUCACGCUGGAUUAGAUGUUAAGGGGGAGCAUGGAAUGGCAGAAGGUUACCAUAAUCGAUUACCUCUCUUAUCCAUCUCUAAACAAGAAGAUACUCAGGAAUAUGGUAUAACAUCAAUAUACUUAUCAGCACUUUCAACUUCACUUAUCAACCUAUACAUUACACCCGAAGGAAGACAAAUACCAGAUGUAGAGAGGUUGAUGAUCCGAGAGAUACUUGCCAAAUCAAUAUUGGGUAGUAUAAUUAAGAGGUUAUGUGAAGGUUGGUUCUGGUACCAGAUUGUAUUGAAAUUACUUGGUGAACCGACGAGUGAAGAUGGUACAACAAAAGAAAACCAGAAAUUAGAAGGAUGUAAAGAGAAAGAAGGUAAAUCAGUUGAUCAAAUCAUUUUACAGUAUAUCAAUACAUUCAUCAAUAUCUGUAUCAAGCUGUGGAACAUAUUCAUAAACAUCAUCGCUUUAUACUCGGCUGCACCUAAAGAAAAAGGAAGAUACCAAAGAUGUUAUGAACCAACUUUAUUACUUAUUCGUGAAUUAGUAGGUGUAGAUGGUUACGAGGGGAUGGAACGGAAGAGAUGGUCGAAGAGAUUGAUCUGGGGUGGGGUCGAACUAGUAGUUGGACUAUUUGGAGGCGUGUUGGACAGACUCCUCCCUCACCUACUGAAAACAUACAUCCUCAAUCCCCGCACCUCCCUCAGACUAAUCGACAUGAUUGAAAAACUACUCUUUCCCGAUGGCUAUCCCGGUCCAUCACCUAUCGACCCCACUCCUCAGGAAGCUCUGGAUCUCCGUCUGAGGGCAGAACGAAGGAUCGACCAGCUCAUACCGUCUUACAUCCAAAGGAUCUUCUUCGAUACGUCUAGAGGGACUAAGGUGAUCUUAGAUCCGAUUGAAGAUGGGAGUUGUAAUGCCCACCUGGUAGGAAUGGUUCUGGAUGGGCUGGUAGGGACGUUAUUACCUGAUUUGGUGAUUCAAGAACAAGAACAGCGAGUGGCUGAAGUGAAUCUAGAUCACCUCGACGAAUUAGGAUAG